CAUUGCUUGUCAGAAUUUCAGAAAAUUUUGGUUUUGUUUGUAGACUUUGUGGGCGGUCGGAUAAUAGAAAUUUAUUUAGAAAAUAAUCAUUAGUUCUCCUAAAUACAUAAAGAGAACCUCUAAUAAUUAUUGUGAAAAGGAUAAUGUCGUCUCCGCCUCCCACAAAGCCCCCUAGGGGUGUGAAGCAAGGAAAGGAAACGAGUGGCCUGCUUAUGUCAGUGAUUCGCACCCUGUCAGCAAGUGAAACAAAUGAACAGCGUGAAAAAGAAAGGGCCAAGCUAGAGAAAGAGUACAAGAAAAGUGAUGCCCGGCUGGAUGAGUUAGUUGCUAUACACGCUCAGGAAAUAAUGGAGGUCAUGCAAAAAUUUAGCAGUGUUGGUGCGGCAUUGACUGUUUGGGGCCAGCACUGUGAUGCUGCGGUAGCCAGAUUAGCGGCAUGCCGAGGACUCCUGCGGUUGAGAAGAGACGACCUUCGCCGUCUGUGGGCGGACGCUAGAACACAUCAUUAUGCACUCCAAAUGUUGACGGAUAUCGAGCAUGUGGUGGUGUCAGAAAGGGAAACCCGCGAGCUCAUAUCCUCCGGCCGCGUGUUGGCGGCCGCGCACACAUUGCGAGAGGCGUUAGACACUGCCGACACUACGCUAUCGCAUGUCGACGCUCUCAACACCACACGUCAACAUUUGCAGGGUAAGAAAUGUGAGUUGGUGGAAGUGAUAGUUCGUCGACUGAGCGAGGCUGUGUACCGCGACGACCGCGCUCCGUUGUCCCGACGGCUGUCCGCUCGCCGACGCACUGCGCUUUUGUUGGCCGAACUGACAAAAAGCGAGGAGGUGACGGACGCGUAUCUACAAGACAUAACGCCGGAAUAUGAGGCGUCCCUGUCAGAAGAGGACAAAACAUUUGAGAGCACUGUCAUGAUAUCUUUGGAGGCGCUUGGAAUACUAGACCAGCUGAAAGAAGCGACUGAGAAAUUCAAAGUGCAAAUUCAAACGGAGCUACUAGAAGUCAUAGAGUCAGUGUCCCGUCGGAUCAUAGACGAAGGUGACGUGGAAGCUGACGUGGAGUGUGAAGAGGACGAAGAAAUACAAGAUGGUGAUUGUGUGACAGAGACGGGGCGACCGCUGGCGAGGUUGGUGACGUCACUGGGGGAGGAGUUUAGAGCUUGUGCGGCGAGAAACAGAAGGCUUCUCCAAUUAUGGCGAGCCGCAUUACAACGUUAUCGCAUUUCCGAUUCGUGUCUGCACACGGAGCAACAUUAUUGGAGCGCCGUACAACAAGUCUUCCAAUUGUUGCUGACGGAAUAUUUGGAGAUUGAAAGCGUGACCCUCGCGGCUCAGAGGUCGAGUGGGGCCGUGGCUGAACCGGUGACCGCUGAACUUCGAAUAGCGGACUAUUUUGCUAAGAAACGACCACAACGGAGGAGGACUAAGCUGUUCAAGUUAACUACGGUGCCGGCGCUGUGCACUCGCGCCAUUGGCCCCACUCGCGCGGCGGUGUGUCGCCCCGACCCCGCUCACCUGCACGCAGUGUUGCCGGCGCUGCACGCCCUUUGCGCUCACAUUGAGCCGCUCACUGGAGGCGGCGAAUGUUCACUCCGCGCUUUCAUAACGGACUAUGUACGUUGGGGUGAAAGUUCCCGCUUGGCCACCACCGCACGGAAUAUCAUCGACGAAGCUAUGAGGGCAUCUAGCGCUUGGCGGGAGCGACAGCCGCCACUGGUCGUGCGAGUGAAGCCGGGAGAACGACAUCGCAUGAUAUUCACGUGUUGCGGUGAGAGCUGGCGCGCGGUGGCGGACGCGGCGCUGGCGGCGGCGCGCUGCGGCGCGUGCGGCGGGGCGGACGCACUACGGGCUACCACUAGCGCACUAGCGGCGCUAGCGACGCAAUGCCGCGCCGCACACGCGCGCCUCUCCCCCGCGCACCCGCCGCACCCGUCGCGCGCGGCGCGCUGGCUGGCGGACGACGACAUCGUGCGCUUCCUGCAGUCGCUGCCCAACUGGCGGGUGGCUGUGGCGCAUAGCUCUACUACGAGACACGACACGCAGGAACUACGUGAAGCAUACGAGCGCGAGGCGGAAACACUAGUGUCAACAUUAGGUGACGGCGCGGUAACUAAGAGAGAAGUGAUAACUGAUGUCAACGCGUUGGCUGACUUGGCCUUACUGUGCGAGACCAUGGAUUGGUUAUGUUCUAACAUAAGAUCCCUGCCGAGUUUACUCAGCGCUACUCCGAGCGGCGCCACUUCCAUCAAGCUAAGCGAUAAAUUCCUCAAUGACAUUACAUCGGCGGCUAUGAUAUUUGAGGAGAUAUCGCAGAAGUGUCUGCUAUUCUUGCAUUUAGAGAUGCGCAUCCAAUGCGUAUACUACCUCGGGCAAGAGGAACGCGAGGCCGGCGCGGCCGCGGCGCACGACGGCGACGCGGCCAGACUUGCGCAUGCGCUGCUCGCCUUCCACGAGCGCGCGGCCGCUGUGCUCAGGCCCGCCACUAGAGCCUACAUUUUCGGUGGCGUUGGUGAGAUGAUGUCGGCGGCCGUAGUCUGGCGGUGGCAGGGAGAAGGCAAUGACGGCGCCGCGACCAGCGCCCGAUUGGCAACUCUAAGACAUUGCCUCGCCGCUCUACAAUUACCCCACGAUGGGUUACACAGGGCUCACACCUAUUUACAUCUAUUGACUUGUACUCCAGAGGAAAUAAUAACAUCGAUACGCGAGAAGGGUGCCCAGUUUUCGGAGCUGCAAUACUUGAAUGCGUUCAAAGUGAUCGGUACCCAACAGGGGUUGUCGUCAGCGGAUAUGCGCAAACUACAGAAUCAAUUGUCAACAGCUUUGGGACACGUCGGUGUCACUGUCUAAUGGGGGCUGACGCAAGAGAGGGACGCUAGAGG